CUGCGCACGGAAGUACGGCCGCGCGCCACGCCCUAGAACGAAAGAGUACGAAGAGGGGAAGGAAAAACAAAGAAACUUGGCGACGAAAGGUUUCGGUUAGUCGAAUCAGCGCAGUUCAGGCACAGUUGAGUUGGGGUAUUUCGUCAACGUCUCUUCACGUCGAGUCAGAACCGUCAAAUCCGAAGAGUAUUGCACCACUUUGUUUUCUUCUCGUUGCACUUGUUCACAGCAAUGGGACUCUGAGCCGAAACCGGCCUGAGUGUUGGACUUCUUGGGUUCAGGCUGUGUUGGACUUUUAUUCUUGAGCUAUGAACAAAAAGGACUACCUCGACUCUGGGUUGAGGUACAAUCCAAAUGCGGAGGAUGAAACGGGGGUGCAGUUCCUUCCUGUGUCAGACAGCAGUAAAUUGGAGAAAACUGGCCCCAAGAAGGUGAUGCUGAUGGUGGGCGUGGUGGUCCUGGCGCUGCUCCUCUCGCUUAUGAUUGGUUUGCUGGUGUGGCAUUUCCAGUUCCGCAAAGACCCCAGGCUUCAGAAGAUCUACACUGGGAUGCUGCACAUAAGCAGCGAGCAGUUUAUCGAUGCCUACGAGAAUCAAGACUCUCCAGAGUCCACCAAGCUGGCUGCCAAAGUGGUGGAGCAACUCAACUCUAUGUAUGCCAGUUCUCCUGUGCUGUCCAAGCAUUAUGUCAAGUCAGAGGUGACUGCCUUCAGUGAAGGCAGCGUCAUCGCCUACUACCUGUCUGAGUUCCGGGUGCUACCUGAUCAGGAGAAGCAGCUGGAUGAUGACAUGGCCUCCAUCUCCACUAAGGUAUCGAGGGGUAUGCGAAAGAUGAAUCAACUACAGGUGGACAACAUCGAUGCUUCCCCUGUUGAACCCCGGAGGUUACUGGUGACCCGCAGCAGCUGCUUGCAGAGAUUACACACGGUAAAGCAGGGUGUUGUCACCUUCACCUCUCCUGGCUUCCCCAACACUCCCUACCCUUCACUCUCUCUGUGCCGCUGGAUGCUGCGGGCAGACCCCAACUACAUCAUCAAGCUCAGAUUCGUGACUUUCAACUUGGAGAACAAUUGUAGCGCUGAUUCGUUGACGGUGUAUGACUCUCUGACUAUGGAGGGAUCCCGACUCAUCACAGAGAAGUGUGGCAUCUACCAGCCUUGGCAGACCCUUCAGUUGGAGUCUUCUAGCAAUGUCAUGCUGGUGCUGCUUCUUACAGACGGUGCAAAUAACUUUGCAGGAUUCCGAGCUGAUUUUUGGCAGGUGUCUAAAGCGUCAACAGCAUGUGGAGGACAGUUGACUGGGGCCGGUGGCAACUUCACCUCCCCUAACUACCCGUCAUACUACCCGCCUCGGAUGGAUUGCACGUGGAACAUAACAGUGCCUAACGGCUUAAACGUCAAAGUGCGCUUCAACAAGUUUCUGCUGAGUGAGCCAGGAGUGAUUGUAGGGAGCUGCUCCAAGGACUAUGUGGAGAUCAAUGGACAAAGGUUAUGUGGUGAGCAGCCUGUGACGGUGGUUUCCAGCAAGUCUUCGUGGAUAAUCGUUAAGUUCCACUCAGAUUCUUCAUAUGUGGAUCGCGGUUUUACUGCUGAGUACCUCUCCUACGAGCCCACCAACCCCUGUCCGGACAAGUUCCUCUGCAAGAAUGACCGCUGCAUCAAGCAAGAACUACAGUGUGAUGGCUGGAACGACUGUGGGGACAACAGCGACGAGAAACAGUGCUCCUGCAAGGCAGACCAGUUCACCUGUAAGAACUCCCUGUGCAAACCCAAGUUCUGGCUGUGCGACGGAGUCAAUGACUGUGGGGACAACAGUGAUGAGACCUCGUGCGCUUGCCCACAGGGACAGAUCAAAUGUCUCAAUGGGAAUUGUGUGUCCGAGAAGAGGAAGUGUGAUGGCACCGACGACUGUGGAGAUGGCACAGAUGAGAUGAACUGCCCAAAGGCUAAUGCGGACGUCACCUGUUCAGAUGCCACAUACAAGUGCAAGAAUGGAAAAUGUGUUAGCAAGAAGAAUCCUGAGUGCGAUGGCGUGAGUGACUGUUCCGAUGGCUCAGACGAGAGCAACUGUGAUUGUGGGACGCGGCCCAGUAAGCACUCGCGCAUCGUCGGGGGUCUGGAUGCAGACGUCGGCGAGUUUCCCUGGCAGGUCAGCUUGCACGUGAAGGGCUCUGGACACACAUGUGGUGCCUCGCUCAUCUCUGAUCACUGGUUGGUGACGGCCGCACACUGUGUGCAGGACGACGGCAGAAUCAACUAUGCCAGCCCCAAGACCUGGGAAGCCUACCUUGGCUUACACAGGCAGGGAAAACCUGAAACUGAGACAGUUCAGAGGAACCUCAAGCAGAUCAUCGCACACCCCUAUUACAAUGACUACACCUUUGACAACGACAUCGCCUUGAUGGAGCUGGACAAACCAGUGGCCUACAGUCCUCUCAUUCGGCCCAUCUGCCUGCCUGAUGCCACCUAUGUGUUACCUGCGGGCAAAUCUGUCUGGAUCACUGGCUGGGGUGCCACCAAAGAGGGAGGUUUUGGGGCCACCGUGUUGCAGAAGGCUGAGGUCCGAAUCAUCAACGAGACGGUCUGUAAAAGCUUACUGCCAGGACAGGUGACCUCCAGGAUGAUAUGUGCCGGCUUUCUGACCGGGGGAGUGGAUGCUUGUCAGGGUGACUCUGGUGGCCCCAUGUCCAGCGUCGAAACCAACGGGCGUCUGUUUCUAGCAGGAGUGGUCAGCUGGGGCGAUGGCUGCGCCCGCAGGAACAAACCUGGCAUUUACACCCGUGUCACUCAGUUCCGGGCCUGGAUCAAAGAAAAGACUGGCGUGUGACCGGUGUUGGCACAGAGGCUGGUGCUUUGUUUCCUAGAGACUGUGAAAGCCUGUGGUGCCAGCCUCCGUGCCAGGUUGGGUGAACUGGCAGCCCAAAUGAAGUAUAUCUGUACAUAAAAUCUAUAUAAAUGUAAAGUUUUAAUUUGAGGGUGGGGGUGGGAGGGUGGUCUUCACUUCACCGACCAUGAGCCUGGUUCAAUGUUUGUUUUUUUAUUGGUGCGGUGUUUUAAGAUGGGUGGGCUUAUUGUAGGGGCGGGGUGGGGGAUUUUCAAGUGUUGCUUUUCUCUGCCCUGCGAAAUGCGCCAGGGCAGGGUUGGCAUUCCCAACAAGUGCCUUAUUCUAACGUGUGAUACUGGAGGACGGGGGAGGUGGCUAAGUGUGUGGGGGGGUUUGGGGGGUGGGGGGGCGUUCAUGUCUACAAUGGGGGCAUCCACUCCAGCAAGCUGGCAGCUUUUGUUCGUCCACUCUUCUCUUUUUGCUUCUCCCCAAUGUGAUUUUUUUUUUUUAUAUAUGUAAUAAUGCUGUACCAGUGGUGGUUUGGGGCAUCGGGGUCACUCUCUCCUGGUACUGGACUUAGGAAGCGUCUACAGACCUGUGCUCGGCUUUUAUCUUUCGGUUUCUUGUUUUAUAUUUUUGUGUGUAUUUUGCCUUCU